CCUUUUUCACCUCAUCACAAAAAUCAGUCACAAUCAGCCGCCAGACACACACACACACGCACUCAGUGAGCUCUGCAAAUCAAUCAUCAACAAUGGCGUUCGCAUCUCCCCUCACUCCAUCAUAUUCCUUACCCAAUCUCUCUUCCAUGCCCAAGAAUUCCAUCACAACACUCAACAAGAUCUACCCUUCCACUCUCCUACAUCGACCCCCCAUUUUCAGAGUGUGUUGCAAUUCUCAGUUGCAAGGAAGGGACUCGUCGAAUUUUAACCUGUUUGCUUCAGUCACUAGUGCAGAUGUUCUACUGGACGAAGCUGUCGAGCAAGUUAAACUUCCAAAAGGCAACACUUGGUCCAUUCAUAAAUUUGGUGGCACCUGUGUUGGAACUUCUGAAAGAAUACAAAAUGUUGCCAACAUUGUUGUUAAGGAUGAGUCAGAGAGAAAAUUGGUUGUCGUGUCUGCAAUGUCAAAGGUGACGGAUAUGAUGUAUGAUCUUAUACACAAGGCACAGGCUCGGGAUGAUUCCUAUGUAACUGCACUGGAUGCUGUUCUGGAGAAGCACAAGUCGACAGCAAUUGAUCUUCUCAAGGGAGAUGAUCUGAACAAAUUCUUGGCACAGUUGCAUAAGGACAUAAACAACCUGAAGGCCAUGCUGCGUGCAAUAUAUAUCGCUGGCCACGCAACUGAAUCCUUUUCUGACUUUGUGGCUGGACAUGGCGAGUUAUGGUCAGCAGAAUUACUGUCUUCCGUUAUCAGAAAGAGUGGAUUAAAAUGUGCUUGCAUGGACACUAGAGAUGUCCUCGUGGUAAAUCCUACAAGUUCUGAUCAAGUUGACCCAGAUUACGUGGAGUCAGGCCAAAGACUUGAGAAGUGGUACUCCCAAAAUUCAUCUGACAUAAUUGUUGCGACUGGGUUUAUUGCCAGUACACCUGAGAAUAUUCCCACAACUUUGAAGCGAGACGGAAGUGACUUUUCUGCUGCUAUCAUGGGUGCCCUGUUCAAAGCACGUCAAGUGACGAUUUGGACAGACGUGGAUGGUGUGUACAGUGCAGAUCCCAGAAAAGUUAGUGAGGCUGUGGUUUUGAACAAAUUGUCUUAUCAGGAGGCAUGGGAAAUGUCAUACUUUGGGGCAAAUGUCUUACAUCCUCGAACAAUUAUUCCUGUCAUGAAAUAUGACAUUCCAAUUGUAAUAAGAAAUAUUUUCAACCUCUCUGCACCCGGUACAACAAUCUGCCGACCUGCUGAUUUUGAAAAUGAAGAUGGAUUGGAGUUUACAGUUAAAGGGUUUGCAACAAUAGACAACUUGGCCCUUGUAAAUGUUGAAGGAACUGGAAUGGCUGGGGUUCCAGGUACUUCUAGUGCUAUUUUCGGUGCUGUGAAAGAUGUAGGAGCAAAUGUGAUUAUGAUAUCCCAGGCCAGUAGUGAGCAUUCCGUGUGUUUUGCUGUGCCUGAAAAAGAAGUCAAGGCUGUUGCUGCAGCAUUAGAGUCUAGAUUUCGCCAGGCCUUGAGUGCUGGUCGUCUUUCUCAGAUUGCGGUAAUUCCCAAUUGUAGCAUUUUAGCUGCAGUCGGACAGAAAAUGGCAAGUACCCCAGGGGUUAGUGCCACACUUUUCAGUGCACUUGCCAAGGCUAAUAUCAAUAUACGUGCUAUAGCCCAAGGCUGCUCGGAGUAUAAUGUCACCGUAGUUGUGAAACGGGAAGACUGUGUAAAGGCAUUACGAGCUGUGCACUCCAGAUUUUAUCUAUCCAGAACUACAAUAGCAAUGGGCAUCAUUGGACCAGGAUUGAUUGGAGGCACAUUGCUCGAUCAGCUCAAGGAACAGGCAGCAGUCCUCAAGGAAAAUUCUAACAUUGAUCUUCGUGUGUUGGGUUUAACCGGAUCAAAGACUAUGCUCUUGAGUGAUAUGGGAGUUGACUUGUCGACAUGGAGAGAUCAACUAGAGGAGAAUGGGGAAAAGGCGGACAUGGAGAAGUUUGUUCGACAUGUGCACAACAAUCAUUUUAUCCCAAAUACUGUCAUAGUAGAUUGCACUGCAGACUCAUCUAUUGCAAGCCAUUACCAUGAUUGGUUGCGUCGAGGGAUCCAUGUCGUCACCCCAAAUAAGAAAGCCAAUUCCGGACCACUUGAGCAGUAUUUGAAACUGAGAACUCUUCAGCGACAGUCCUACACGCAUUACUUUUAUGAAGGAACUGUUGGAGCUGGUUUACCAAUCAUUAGCACUUUGCAAGGACUCCUUGAAACUGGGGAUAAAAUAUUACGAAUUGAAGGCAUUUUUAGUGGGACUUUAAGUUACAUAUUUAACAACUUCAAGGGUGCAAGGGCAUUCAGUGAAGUGGUGAAGGAGGCAAAAGAGGCAGGUUAUACCGAACCUGAUCCAAGAGAUGAUUUAUCUGGGACAGAUGUUGCUAGAAAGGUGAUAAUCCUUGCCCGAGAAUCUGGGAUGAAGCUGGAAUUGUCAGACAUACCCAUUCAGAGUCUAGUACCGGACCCACUAAAGGAUGUAGCUUCAGCUGAGGAGUUUAUGGAGGAGCUCCAUAAGUAUGAUCAAGACUUGGCAAAGCAAAGGCAGGAGGCUGAAGCUACUGGAGAAGUCUUGAGAUACGUGGGAGUAGUAGAUGUUGUCAACCAGAAAGGAACAGUGGAGCUACGCAGAUAUAAGAAGGAGCAUCCGUUUGCCCAACUUUCUGGAUCUGAUAACAUAAUAGCAUUCUCAACUCAGAGGUAUGAGAAGCAGCCGCUGAUUGUCCGUGGCCCUGGUGCUGGGGCUGAGGUGACAGCUGGUGGAGUAUUCAGCGACAUAUUGCGCCUUGCAUCAUAUCUUGGUGCGCCAUCGUAAGUUCAAUGACAGCUGAUCUUGAACAGGACGAAGGGUUAUACUUAAACCAGUUUAGGCCUGCCUUUUUGUGUCUCUUCCCUGUCCAAGCCCGAGCGUCUGAUACCCGGACACGUUUCUGUGUCUGUAUUCCCAUGAGAUUUCGUGGCCUCAAUGAGUGGCAUAACUACUGUAACUUCGUAAGCAGAUCAUGUUGAGUAAGUCUUCCUAGUGAUGUUUGAUGGUUUUAAGAUCAAGUACUAAGUAACUGUGUAUUCAAAGAUGACUAAGAUAGUAUGAGGUAUCCUAGAGGAAUGGGGUUGUAUGUCUGGCUAAUUCUCUCUUUGCAUAGUAGAUAAAAGUUCAAUAUUUCUUGACAGGAAUAUGAAUUUGCAUGUAUAACACGAUAUUAUGCGCAAUGAAAAUGGUAUUGCUGCAGAAAUUGCAGUCAUGAAACCUCAA